AUGUCGGAGUCACAAGGGGAUGAUACUCCAGGGUCCCCAGUAGAAGACCGUUCCUUCACUUGGAUUACCGUCCCUCUGGCCAUACUCAUCGCUGCUGCCAUCUGCAUUACCUUCUUGCGAUACAGGAGGCGCAACGCCCAAAGGGCGUUGCACGGCAUGCAUGCUCUGGAGCGUGACUUGGAAGCUUUAGGACCGAAUCGCAUAAGACGGCCGCAGAAUGCCAGGUGGCAGUGGACUGGAGUUGAGCCGCAUGGCCGUGUAAGAAGGAUCGGAAUCGGAGUCGGAAGCCGAGAAGAAGGACUCAAUGAGCUCGGGGAGGCACCUCCAGCUUACACACCUCCUCGCAAGACGUCGUCUGGCGCUGUUGAACUACACGAAACUGUGGCCUCAGUUUCUACUGUCCAACCCACUGCACACCCAACCUCAGAGCUUCGUCCCGCCGUCAUCGCGCAGACAGAUAACUCAGUUAAUCCCCCGGCGUACGGCGAAGCUGCACGAAACCAUGAGAUGGCCAGCGUCGGAAGAGGUAGUCCAUCGCGACCUACUCCAGCACAUCUUCCCUCUCUCUAG